AUGGGCCGCUACGACCUUGAAUACCCCAAAGAGGCCACUAACACGGUCAAGCGCCUCAACGACCGCGGUGUCUAUGCCCUCGAGUCAAUCCACCGCAUCGUCAACUCUUGCCAGAUCCUGCACGUCUCCUUCACCACGCCAUCCCAACCCUUCCCUGUCAUCCUCCCCAUGAUCGGCCAGAUGGGCUCAUUCGAACGUCCUAGCGCCGACCUUGGCGACCCCCUGGACCUCUACCUCCACGGAUACGUCUCCUCGCGCAUCAUGAAUCUCGGCCGAGCCGGCUCCGAGGGCGAGGAGGCCAAGGGGAUGCCCGUGUGUGUCGCCGCGUCCCAUGUCGACGGCCUUGUCCUUGCGAUAUCCUCAUUUUCUCACAGCUACAACUAUCGCUCCGCUGUGCUGUUCGGACAUGCCACGCUCGUGACAGAUGAGGCGGAAAAGAUGUAUGCCAUGGAACUCAUUACAGACAGCGUUGUCCCUGACCGCUGGCGCCAUACUCGCUUGCCGCCUACCAGUGCCGAGCUCCAGAGUACCGGUAUUCUCAGGGUUAGGAUUGCCUCCGGAAGUGCAAAAGUCCGCGCCGGCCAGGCCCACGACGAUAAGCACGAUAUGGAGAAUGAGACUGUGCGGGACUCGGUCUGGACUGGUGUCCUGCCUAUUCACCAGACCAUGAGCGAGCCAGUUGCGAGCCCGUAUAACCGCGCCGACGUGCCUGGCUACAUCUCUGACUUUGCUAAUGACUUCAACGGAGACAACAAGCAACUGUCUCUUGACGCCGCAAAGGACCAAUAA